GAUGGGUGUUGACGGUGUCUGAUGAUUGUGGGUUUGGGGAGUUAGGAAAGUGACAGGUCGGUAGUUGGGCGGAUUUUUGAGGCACGGUAUGACUAGAAAAAGGAAAGAAAGGGGCGUUUAUAGACGGGAACAAUACGGACAGUAACAAUCUCACGUUUGUUGAAAGUGUCGACGGAGUUGUUUCUCCUGGAAGGGACAGGUAAUAAGGCAUCUGUCUUCUGGCAUGGAACAGAAUCCAGAGCAAUUUUUUGGAACAAGAAUUGAUGAGUCUUCACUAAUUGAAGGAGUAAGCAACCAAGUACUUCUGACAUUAGCUGUCACCAUUACAAUGUUGGGUGGUUUAGCAACAUUCCUGUAUAGAACUGAGCACCAGAACAUUCAUCCUGAGAACCAAGAACGUGUGAGGGAGCUUCGGCAACACCUCCAAGCUGAGGCUUUAAGUUAUCAGGAUGGAUUUGAAAGGGAUAGGCAGCAAUUCUACACAGAUAUGUCCUGUCCAGUCUGUUUACAGCAAGCUGCAUUUCCUGUUGAAACCAACUGUGGUCACCUGUUUUGUGGUUCCUGUAUUGUUGCAUAUUGGACUUAUGGCACGUGGUUGGGAGCAGUUAAUUGUCCCAUCUGCAGACAAAUGGUUACAUUAUUAUUCCCACUGUUCCCAGUAAAUGAUGAGCAGCAAGAGUCUAUGCAGGUUAUUCAAAAUAUAAAUGAUUACAACAGAAGAUUUUCUGGUCAGCCCAGAUCUCUUAUAGAUCGUAUAUUGGAUGUUCCCACACUACUGCGUCAUGCCUUCACAGAACUGUUUUCAAUCAGUGGCCUUUUCUGGAUGUUCCGAAUACGAAUCUUCCUCUGUCUGGCUGGUGCCUUAUUCUAUUUAGCAUCACCGCUGGACUUUAUUCCUGAAGCCUUUUUUGGAAUUCUGGGUUUUCUGGAUGACCUAUUUGUUAUUUUUCUACUCCUCAUCUAUAUUUCCAUCAUGUAUCGAGAAGCGGUAACACAAAGAUUGAAUAGAUGAAUUAAUAUUCUGAAAACAAGAGAAACCUGACUGAAUUGAAGUUAAAUGUGCACAAUUUCCUGGAAAUUAUAUUGUUACCUCUUGUUGGCCUGGUUAGAAGGUUUCGCAAACUGUGAACUUCUGCAAACUCCACGUUAACAAUAAAUAGCCAAAAAAAAUGCAAUUCUUAAAUUUGCAAUUACAGCAUUUUUUUUGUCAACUGAUGUAAUUCAGGUUGAAACGAGUCGGGAAAUAACUAAUCUUUGUGUAUUGCAAAGCUUUUUAAAGAGUUAAAAUUUGAAUUAUUACAGAUCGAAUAGGUCUCUGACGUGAAAUCUAAAUGGUAUAAUUGGGAUGUCCAAUUUGGGAACAGUCAGAGAUAGAAUUUUUUAAAUGUAAGUUUUUGUUGUUUAGAUGAAAACUGCAACACUGAUAAAUCAUGAAGCUAGAUUGUGUGCUUUUGAGUUAGGCUUCUCCUGUUGUUUUGCACUUUGUAUAAAGAUAUGGAGGAAAAUUGAAAAUGUCCAUUGUAUGUGUAUUUAGGAGUUUAAGGAGCUUAUUGUAAAUAGAAUGCAGGAAUUUUCUGCCUGCAUAUUUUCUAUGCUAAAACAUUUAUUUGAUAUUGGAAAGAUUUUCAGUUCCCAGCAUGUAACAAAAUGUGAACAAAUUAUUCCUUUUUUAUUAAAAGUUUUUGGAUGCCUUGUUUGUAAAGCCACUUGAUCGGCAUCCCAUUCAUCACCUGCAUUCCUUCUGCUAUCUGCACAGCCUAGUUAGAAGAUACAUUGCAACAACUUGCCAAAGCUUUGAUCUCUACCAUCCAGAAGGGCAAAGACAACAAGUGCAUGGGAACUCACAGCCUCCAAGUUCUCUUUUAAAGUUGCAUUAUUCUUAUUUGGAAAUGGAUUGCUCUUCCUUCUCUGUAGGCGGAUCAAAAUCCUGGAAUAUUCUACCUAACGACUUCCCAGAGGUACAUUUAGAGUGCAGACUGCAGCAUUUCACAAAGACAGCUCAAAACCUCCUCCUCAAGGCUAAUUAGGAUAAUAGCAUCUUGCCUUGCCAGAAAUGCUGAGAAUGCAUAAAUAUAUUAAAUUAAUUGAUGAUGCUUCAUUCAUUGGUAUGAGUGCUAUCUUCAUAAAUUGAAAAUCACCAACACGUGAAUGAUUAACUCAACGCUGAAAUAUUUAAAAGAUAAAAUAAUGAAGUUGAACAUAUAUGGAAUUGAAUAAAAAAGAAAUAGCAUAAUAGACUGGAAUGCUUACAUAUUUUAAUCAACUCAUUGAGAAAGGCUCAUUCCUUCACACUUCCCUAUUUAAACUAAGUACUAUGGAUCAGUGAUGAGAUGCUUCCCCACAGGCAGAUCCUAUUGAAGAAAUACUGGAAAUAAUUAUAAAGCACCUGAUAGCUUGUUUUAGUCAGCAUUGUUCAAAUUGAACUGUGUCAAAUGUUUUGUGAUUGACAGAGCUGCAGUUGUGUCUAUUAUCACUCUAAGAAGGAGCAAGAAAUCUGCCAAUGUUAUCCACAACCAUGAGCAAGAACUCUUUGAAUGCAAAUGUGAUUUUGUUGUAAGAUGAAUAUAGGGUUAGGCAUUCUUGGGGGACCUUCCAUGAUUAAAUAGUUUUCCAUUCAGUUGUACUUAGGUGCUUACUUGGAACUGGAUUAGUCAAAAUUACCCUGCUAUUCUCUUUGCUUGAACUUUUUUUUUGCUUUCAAAUGCAAUAAUCUCUAGCUUAAUAAACUAAAAAUUGUUACAGAUGUUUGAAUAAAGGUAAAGGAUAAAAAUGGCUGUGCUUUAAGAUUUUCUCUGAUUUCAAGUUUGAGAAACUUAUUUGAAUUAAGAGAUUUUUGAGAAGAUAUAAUCAAAAUAAAAGUGCAGUUAAUGCAAAGUGCACCCAUUCAAAAUUGGGUCAAAAAUGCAGAGGGUAAAGAAACCGGUCUACGUUUGUUCCUAUUGAAUGAAGUUGGAAGAGCCCAAAAUAAGAAUUGGAUCAUGUGAUUUUAUCUAUGCCAUUGUUCAAACCCAGAUAAUGGUAAUACUUUUGGAUGCUCAUAACAAGUGUCGAUAGUUGUAAUGAAGUCGGUGCCAUGAAGAAUACUGAGGUACAGCUGUAUAGAAUUAUCUUGCUUUCCUUGGUUCUCCAGCAAAAAUUAAGAGAAUUUAAAUAAACAAGCAGGAGAAAAUCAACUUUCUUUCUUUGGGUUUUAGGGAUUUUACUGCUGACAGACAUACUACACCUUCCCCUCUGGAGGUCUGAAGGCCUUUGUCAGUAUCGUUCAUAGCACAAACUAUUCAGCUUUCUAAGAGCUGAUCAGUUGCUGUCAGGCUGAUGACCUUUGGCAUCAGGAUAAAUUAAUGUUUCUUCCUAACUAUGUCAAACAUAGACUUCAAAGUUUUGAAGAACCAAUAAUAAUCCCAAAGUCUCCUUUUUCCUUUGUGUAGUGUAUUUCCUUUGAUACUGGAUUAACUUUUGAGAUGUACUGUACUGGCUUCGCUAUUCCUGACUUUUCACCCUGUAACAAAAUUGCACCUAUUCCCAAGUCACUGGUAUCGUUUGCCAUUUUAAAUGAUCUGGAAAAUUAGGAUGGCCAACAUGCAUUUAUUUAUUAGGACUGCUUCUCAAAGACUGCCUGGCAUUCUGCUAACUGCUUUUGCUUGUUAUCCAUUAAAUUUGUUUAUGGCAGUACUAUUAUGGUGAAAUUACGCGAAGCUUUGGUAAAACCCACAUUCUACAAAUCUCUUUAGUUUUAGCAACAAGGAAUACUACUACAGCCUUCAUUUUUGUUUUCCUUGACAAGGCUUGUUCUAGUCCUAUAAUGUAUACUCAGUAAGUUAAUCUUGCUUUCGGAAAUUCACUUUUGCCUAAAGUUGUUACUAAGUCAGCCAACUGUAUUUGCUUAAGUAGGUCUUCCAAUUGUCUCUCAUUCUCUUCCCACAGAUAACUGUAUGUUACAA